CAGGGCCAUGGCGGGCGGGUGGCGAGACGUAGCCGGGGUGCGAAUCGCCCCGGCCGAAUUGUGCUUCAGGGACGCGGUGCCGGGGGGCCGCUACCGCGCCGCUCUCAGCAUCAAGAACCUGCGGGUGGAGAGCUGUCGGCUCCAGCUGCUGCCGCCGCACCGGCCCCAGUUUAAAUUGAUUGUGGAAAAUCCAGACAAACCCGUUGCAUCUGGACUUCAGGUUACAGCUUUUGUGGAAUAUUAUCCUGAGACUGAAGAAGACCUUCAAGAUAGACUAUGUCUUUUAAUAGAAGAUGACUUUGUUGAUAUCCCUCUGCUUGGAUUAAUUCCAUGCUGCUUUCUGGAAAUUGAGUCAGAGAUUAGUUUUGGUGCAGUGAUUGCAAACAGUAAAAUAAUUAGUAAAGAAAUCAGUAUUGCUAACCGUGGAUCAUCUUCAGGUACAUUUAAAGUAUCAUAUGAUGGAGCUGUCCCACUUAACAUAGAACCUACUAGUGGAGUGGUAGAGCCAAAAUCUGUAAAGAUGAUUAAAGUGGGUAUCUGCACAGAUGUACCCAGAAUCAUCAAAGAAGUGAUAAAAGUGGAGUUGGAAAGCCGUGGUUGCACUGAAGUAUGGAUCAAAGCUAUUAUAGUACAGCAAAUUGUUAAAGUUUUAGGAGUACCUUUUGGAAAUGUACUGGACUGUGUUAACUUUGGACCAGUUUACUUUGGAUCUUCAAAAACUGAACAAAUAUCUCUAUACAAUGAAAGUCCUGAGUAUAUGGAUUGGGUGGCAGUGCUAGAAGACAAUGCUGUCGGAGGAGAGAUGGGCACAGAUCUUCAGAGGAGUACAGAUGCUGUUUUACAAGAGUUAAGCCUCAAAAAUAGAGCAAGAGAUGUGGAUAUUUCCACUUUGAUCUUGUGCAUUCCAAAUCAAGGAACCUUGCGACCUUAUGAAAAAUCGUUGGUUACAUUGUGCUUUACUCCCAAAAUAUUUAAGAGAGACUCAGCACUGAAACAAGAUUAUGUGCUGUUCCUGAGAUUUGAAGCUGUUGGGAAUAAAGAUGGUUACCUGCAGACUCUCAGCGAUGGCGCCACAGCAGUCACAAUGAAACACCCUCGGCCCACGGAGUUAGCUUUGACAGGUUCUGGCAUUCCUGUCACUCUAACUUUUAAUCCAGGACCAGUUUUUAACUUUACUGACUGCUUUUUGGGUGGACAAACACAAAUUCUGUGCACACUUAAAAAUGAAUCUGAGUUGCUUCCAGCAACAUUCAGCUUCCGCAAGAUGGCUCACUUCAAUAUUUCUCCUGAAAAAGGAAAAAUUAAAGCAAAAUCUGCACAGGAUGUGAUAUUUUCUUUUUCCCCUCAUCAAAUAGGAACAUUUAAAGUGAAGCAAGUUGUUGAUAUAAUUGGUACAAGACUAGAGAAAGAUAAUUUACAGGUUUUGAAGAAAAAAUCCUUUCAUCAAAUACAUUUGAGCUUUAUUGGUGUGUGCAAAUCUGAACGGAAAAAUGUUCUGUUUAAAAUUAAUCCUGGUCUAGCACCAAUGGUUUCCAACGCAACUGGGAGAUUUGUAGCUGAUGGCACAGGACAGUGCACUGAUACAGCACCUGUGGCAAUACUUAAAUCAAACCAAACACGAAUUCAUACUCACCAGAUAAACAGGAAUUGUGAGGGUGAUGCACUUACAGCUUUUCCUAAUGACCGUGCAGCCAGCAUUAGGCCAAGCGACCGGAAUAAAAAAUACAGGACUAUUUUCACAAAGACUGAGAGAUAUAAUUACAUAGAUCCAGAGUUUUCUUAUACUGACUGUGAACAACUAUCAAAAGCAGCACAUAAGGAAUACUACUCACGCUACAUUUAUAAUUUAAGGCAGCGUCGUUUACAGAAAGAUGCCACUAGGCAGUUUUAUAUCUAUAAUAAUCCUGUGAACAUAGGCCUUGUACCAGCUGAAGGGCUCUUGUCACCAAAGAUCUCGCUCACAGAUAUUCACAAGGAGAAGCUACAGUUCAAAAUGCUCCCUUUAGAAGAGAAUUGCCUAUUAACUAGUCGAAAAUUGGAGGCAAUUGGUUCUAAAUCUUCAGUCAAAGAAGUUAUGAGUGGGCUUAGUGCUCUGCCAUCUUCUGCUCAAGAGAAGGAAGACUGUAGUAGAACUUUGACAUCCAAGCAGCUUCAUCAAAUAGUCAUUGCUCCUUCUACUGUGGAUUUUGGUGAUGUUUGUGUGUAUUCUACAACAACUAGAAAACUACACAUCAUCAAUAACUUGUUAGUUCACAUAUGGGUAAAAAUUGAUAUUGAAAUUGAUGAAUUGCAGCGAACGAGUCCAUUGUCUCAGGUGGUGCCUCCUCUUACAAAGACUCAUAUUCCAAUUGUGUUUGAGACAAGCACUCUUGGAAUGUUUAAAAAAUCUUUCGCUUACACAAUAAACAACCAACACUUUGGGCAUGUGCUUGUGGUUGCAAAAGCAGUGUCUGUUCAACUUGAGCUGUCUGCAAGGGAGCUGAUUUUAAAUCCUAUUCCUGGGUACCUGGCAGAGACAGAAUUCAGAACAACUGUCAGGGUAUACAAUCCCAGAAACCAUCCUGCUGAGUUCACUUGGAAGCCUGUAAUUACGGAUAGAGGAAAUGCAUUUUCUGUACGGCCAGCCAAAGGCUUUGUGGAGGCCUAUAGUGAUCUGGAAUGUGAAGUUAUUUGGUAUCCAGGGUUCAGCUCUCCAGAGGCAGGAGAAUUCAACUUGUGCGUGCGUGAAGGAAACACAAUUAACUUGAAAUGCUUUGCAAAGCUUGGUAAUGCUAAAGUUCAGUUUGUGGAACAAAGAAUAUCCUUCAGCCAUAGUCCCAUGGGUUUAUCUACUUGUAAGACAGCCAUUCUUCAAAACACAGGACACAAUCACGCAUACUUCCAAGUUCCUGAUUCAAACCCACUGCCUGGAAUGAUGAUCACCCCUUCUGAAGGGGUGGUACCUGUGGGAGGCCAUGCUGUUCUCAACAUCUAUUUUUCACUGAAUGCAAAAAUGAGUUUUGAUACAAGAGUGGAGGUAGCAGUGCGCAAUUCGGGAGCAUUAGUGCUUCGGAUUAGUGGAUUUGUAGAGGUCCCUGAAAUAGACAUUGAUUUGGAACUAUUUGACUUUGGUGAUGUUUAUCUUGGUUCUACAAAAUCAAUUCCCUUUUUGCUGCAGAACAAAGGACAAGCAUGUACCAGAGUGCAGUUUGAUUUUUCUAACUAUAAGGACUUUAAGUUGAGUGCUAAUGACCAUUCAGUGGUUGACUGCUGUUCUUCAAAGCCUUAUUCAUAUUUGGUUAACUUAAAGGGAAAGUCAGCUUUGCAAUGCUUCUUGUCCUUCACACCAAAAGAGGUGGCAGCAUAUGACUUUACUCUUCCACUUAGUACUCCUCGGGAUGACUUCCCAGUGACAGAGCUGAGCCUCGCAGCUUCUGUUGGAUCUACAAAGCACCUUGUUGCUCCUCAGCCGCAGGCAGUGACUGUGGCCGUUCCACUCCGCAAAGUGAAAGCAGUGGUACUUAGGUCACCACUGGAGCUCUCCUCAAUGGAACUCAAAUUUGCACAACAUUCAAGUGGAACACAUUUCAGUGCUGCUGUUGAAAGUCUAAAUUCCCAGAAGCUUGAUCUGAAGAAUAUCUCAAGGCAGCAAUUGACAUGGAAAUUGAAUUAUGAUGAUGCAGGUGAAAAUGCAGAAGAAGGUGUUUUUAAAUUUAGUCAGCAGACUGGAUUUCUUGAUCCAGAAGAAAAAAUCAGUAUUGCUGUAUUCUUCUGCCCUCCUCGUCCUGGGACAUAUACAUCUGAAAUAUCACUGUGUCUAAAGGAUAAGCUACCACAUUACAAAAUAAGAUUGUCUGGCACUGUGAAGUCACCAAAAAUAAAUUUUGAUCCCCCGUUUGUAGUGCUGAUGCCAGUUCCUCUGGAUGUGAAAACCGAAACAGUCGUCAGUAUUACUCCACAAGAUUAUUUAAGGCAAUCACGACUUCAGGUUACGCUUCCGGAGCUUGAACUUGAAGAUGGUGACAGGAUUUGUCCUUUAACUGUACAGUUCACAGAAGGUCAAGAUAUUGUUUGUUCAUCAGAUGGCACAAAUAAGGAACUAAUUUGUCACAUCAGCUUCAGAUCAUCUAAGCCAUUGUCAUUUUUAAGAAAUAUAUUCUUCAUUGAUGAAGAACAAAACAGGUUCAUGAUUCCAGUUGCUGCAACAGCAGAGAAUUGCCUUCUUACUUUAUACCAGUAUUUGGCAUUUCACAGCUCUGAUCAACAAAUUAUUUUGAGAAGCAAGUCAGAUGCUGCUUUUGAAAGUGAGAGUGAUGGAGAGAUGAGCAAGGAGAGUAAAACUGACAGGCAAAGUGAUGGGAGAGAAAAGAAGCAUAAAUUAUCAUUGUUUCCUGCUGAAGAUGAAGAGGACUACAUCUUCUUUCAGAAAACUCGAACUGCUGUUAAGAAUUGGUUCACUCUCUUUGGCUGGUCUAGUGGACAAAAUCCUAUUUCAAUCCCAUAUUCACUGAGAAGAGAUGUGUGUAAAAUCCAGAUGACCUCUUCAGAAGAAAAGGGUUUUAAACAGAGCCUUGACAAAGAUACCAAGACUUUGCAUGACAUGUUGUUCCAUCUGAGUGGAGAAUUAUUACCAAGCAUUGCAACGAGCUGGUCAUUGCACCUCGAUCCAAUUGAAAGAGUACGGCAACUCCACCAUGAGCAUUCUACAUUGCUUGCUUUCAUUAAAAGCAAAGGAGCAUAUCUUCCUCAUGUUAUGCCAGAAUUUCUGCUUGAGCCUGAUGACUACAAGAAGUGGAUUCAAGUGCAAACUGGUGACAUGGAUGAGUUGAGAAAAGGAGAUGUGGAAAACUCAGACAAGAAUCUAUUUGUUCUGGAGGACAGCUCAUUUGAGACAAUGAGCAAACGAGCUUGGACAGAUGUGCUUCUGCAGAUAUACAAGGUGUUUGUUCUCCCUCGUGUUUCUUCACGUAAAGUUACUGAUCUGUUCAGCUUGGGAAAAGUGCAGACCAUGCCAAGGAUAAAAUCAGACCCUUCAUCCAGUAAUAUAUAUUCUCCACAUGAACGAACCAUCCUCACCUGGCUGAAUGAACACUAUGAGAAGAACCGAAAAACUGUGUGGAGAGACUGUCAGAAAGGUGAAGUGCCACCAAUGAGAUGGAUAGUAAAUUUUGACCGAGAUCUUCUAGAUGGUCUGGUACUGGCAGCACAGCUGGCAUCUUAUUGUCCAUAUUUGAUUGCUACUCACUUUGUAAGAAUGUAUACUAAUCCAAGAGUGCCUGAGCAGUUUCUGCACAACUGUUUGAUACUUGUGAAUGCUAUGAAUGCUGUCAAUCUGGCUAUAGGCAUAAAGGCCACUGACAUCUGUGAUCCAAAUCCAGUCAUGAUGCUUAUUCUGUGUGUCUAUCUAUAUGAAAGUCUCCCUCACUACUUACCCAAGAAGACUAUAGAAUUUACAGGUGCUCUCCAUGCAACUGUGGUUAAACAGGUGUGUCUGAAAAACCCAAGCAGCAAAGCCUUGGCGUACAAUGCUAUUCUUGUAGGAAGAGAUGCUGGAGAUUUCUCAUUACCUAAAGGAAACACUGUCACCAUUGCCCCUAAGAGGCAAACAAGUAUAAAGGUGGAAUUCACCAGUCGCUUUCUGCGGCCUGCCGAAGGGGUGCUGCUACUGGUCUCAAAGCACGUGGGUGGAAUUCAUGGGGUCACACUGACAUUCUCUCUGAAAGCUGAAGUCAAGCAUAUUGAGCCUGCUGAUACAUUAAAAUGCAAAUUUCCAUGCUAUGAGCUGAAAAAACUUAUCCUGAAUGUUACUAAUCCCUUCAGAACUGAUGGCAUAUUCAGGGUCAUUUUGCUGGAAUCUACAAGUUACUUAAUGCAGCCAGAGCAAGUGUAUCAAGCCAUGCAAGUAAAGGCAACCCAAAAGUUCAGUUCUGAGAACAAGAUAUUAAAUCUUAAAAAUUCUGUGCUGCCUGAAGAUCUAAAUGAAGAGAAUGACUUAAAUUGCUAUGAUCAAUCCAGCCUCCUGCCUGAGUUCUUCAGUCCCAUGGAAAACCUGUUCUUGGAAGGGAAAGGUUCUGCAGGCUUAGAUAUUCACUUCCUUCCCUUUAAUCUGGAGAAACGUUACUGCACUGUCAUUCUGCUUAAUGAACUGAUUGGAGAAUUCAUAUACCUGAUAGAGGGAACAGGGGAUAUACCUUUGCCUUCAGAACUGCUUCCAAUGGAUAGUCCAAAUGUUUUGCAUGUCAGCAGUACAGUAGAAGGUCCAAGUACAGGAAAGCCAGUCUUAUUUUUGAAAUGUGGCCUUGGCCAGGUUCUUGAAGAAAAUAUGAUUAUUCCAUUGAUCAACGAGUCAAGAGAGAGAGCUCUGGCAAUUGCUGCACAACAGCAGAUAUCUACUGUUGAAUAUGAAAGAAGAAAGAUCACAGGGACUCUUCAAAGUAGUAGUGUUCGAGUUGCAACUGCAUUGUUAGGGCUGUCCAGAGUAGAGAGACAUGCACUCCUGAAAUCCUCCAAAAUUCCUCCAGAGCUGAAGUGUGUGGACUACAAUGUAGAAGUGAGCAUGCCAGGAUUCUUUGAAGUUCCUGAGAAGUUGUCUAUUCCAGUCUUAGCAUCAAGCAGAGUUAAUUUAAAAGUUCCUUCAGCAAAAGGUGUUUCACCUCAGAAAUCAGGCAGAAGUGAUGCAGUUGAGCUUCCUGUAAAAUUCAUUCCUCAGCAUGCUGGUUGCUAUCACUGUCAGAUUAUUCUGAAGUCCUCUCGCGAUGUCCGUGUCUAUGAGAUUGAAUGCGUAGUGAACGCAGACCGUGCUGAAGCACAGCUUGAAUUUGUAACUCCAGCUUACCAGGCAGUGGUUCAGAACAUUCCAAUUAAUAACAUAUCCAGAAGGGACUGGACACUUGAAGCAGUUUUGGAAGGGCAAGGAUUUUAUGGCCCUCCUCUAAUAAAUGUGCGUCUGGGUGAAACAGCUCUGUAUCCUCUCACAUUCAAGCCUGUUGCUGAGUGCGUAACAAUGGGAAAGCUUAUUCUACGCAGUGAUACAGCUGGCACUGAGACCAUCUUUAACCUUAAAGGAAUAGGGCAGAAACCUCCAGCACAGGAUUGCAUCGUGAUAGAUUGCCAAGUGAGAAAGGUCACUCAAAAAUUUUUGUGGGUGCCCAAUUAUACCAAGAAGAAGUUAACAUACAAGGUAUAUUCAGACCUUUCAAUGGUAGGUGGUUUACCUGUUAUUACUGUAGAACCAGAUGACAAAGCCGUUUAUGCCUUGAGUGUGUCUCCGUGGAGACGAGGAGUCUUUCAAGGUGUAAUUUCAUUUGUUGCUGAAGAUGAAGACCAACAACAGUCUCAACAUAAGAGCUCACCAGAGAAGGCAGAUGGUGAACAGGCCUUUCAAAAACUGUCAGCAGAGACCCCACAGGCUCUUGAUGUGGCAAACAUGGGAGAAAGCUCUUCAAAUUGCAAAGUGUGGUUCUCCUUAAAGAUUAACAGCAUACCUGCAGCAGCAGAAAGAGAGAUAGAUGUGAAAUGCAGAGCUCUGGAUACUGUGGAUGUUCAUAUUCCCAUCACUAAUCCUGCAGAUAAAAUUCUCCAGAUGAGUGUGGUGCUGGAGAAUCAAUCACUUUCUGGACUAAAGGCUUUCACUCUUAGGCCUAAAGAAACAUUUUUGUAUCAAGUGAGGAUAUCCCCAGCUGCUGUUGGCACUUCAGAUGGAAGUGUCAUAUUCCUGUCAGAUAUGGUUGGAGAGUUUUGGUAUGCACUGAAGCUGAUUGUAGAGAAACCAUUGCCAACUAGACUACCUGAAACAAAAUGUGAGCUUGGAAAGUGUGCUCAUCUACACAUACCUCUCAUGAAUCCUACAUGUGAAACUCUGAAGCUAGAAAUUGUUAACAGCAAUCCUAUCCAUUUUUCAACCGAGACUUCUCCAGACCAGCCUCUGAUCGUUGCUCCUCGUUCCACCACUGAGCUACCUGUGCAGUUCUGUCCAUCUGCUCUUGGAAGAGGCAAUCACAAGGCAUCAAUAACCUUCAAAUGCUCACAGCUUGAAGAGUGGAUAUUUUACCUUUCGGGGACUGGUCUUCCUCCUGAGCUGAUGGAACCAACCAGCAUAAGUGCAUGCAUUGGCCAGGGUUCUUCUGUCAUCAUAUCCUUCAAAAAUCCAACUCUGGAGAAUGUGGUGGUUGAUGUCACCCUGACAGAUCAGGAAAAGUCCAUCUGUGAUGUCAGUGCAUCUGUCCUACCCAAUUCCACCAGUACAGAAUCUGCUUUUCAUCUUCUGCUUGAGCAGCCACGAGGAACUCGAUUAGCUCCAAAGGAAAAACUGGACAUCCCAGUGUUAUACAUGCCAGAUACAAUGAAAACUUGUGAGGCUGUGGUGGUAAUUCAUGUAAUGAGGGAAAAUGGUGAAAACUGGCCUUAUGAGGAUUCUGCAGAAUUAAAUAAAGACUUAAAGAGUGUUACUCUAGGAGAGAAUGGUGAACUUCAGGAAAUACUUUGGAUCUAUCCUGUUUGUGGAAUACCUGAAGCAGUGCAGCAGAAAUUAGUUCCGGCUGUGAUAUGCUGUCAAGCCAGGCAGAGAGUAGAAAGAAGAGUAGAAGUGCCACUGACAGGUGCGAUUCCUGGUGCAACUUCUACACCUGCCAGACAAAAUUCUGCCAAGGUCAAUGCAAGUAGUCCAGCUGACAUCCAAGAUGAAAUCCAGGACACUGAUGGUCUCUCUACAACAGUGGAAUUCAUGUAUGAAUUGCAAUAUCAAUCAAAUGAAAUUAAAUCUCAGCUUCAGUCUUUGGUUGAUAUGCAUCUGGUUGAAAGAAAACAUGAUACAGAAUCUGGAAUCAUGACACUGAUCUUUAAUACUGUGUUUGCUCCUAACAAGCCAAUGAGGAAUGAAGCAACUCUCACAGUACAGUGCACCACGGGAGGUGUUUGGAAGUUUCCAGUUCAGUUCAUUGCAAUGGAGCCAGAAGUGGAUGAUGUCAUCAACAUUGAAGCAGUUGGCCUGAAUAAGGAAUCUCUAGUUGACUUCAAACUUACAAGCCAAACAAGGUACCCAGAGGCGUUCACUGCACACUUCCUGGCAGGAAGCGAUCCUGAGUUCCAUGUGCUGCCACAAGCUGGAGAACUCCUUCCAGCAGGCACUGUGGGAACCCAAAUCACAGUGGGAUUCAAACCAAGGAUGUAUGGCAAGAAGCACAGAGCAACACUAGUAAUUGAGACACAAUCAAUGCAGUGGAUGUAUGAAAUCAAUGGACUGCCUCCAGAGACUGCACCACCCACAAGGCCAGCAAAAGUUGUUUCCACUAGCAGUUACAAAAGAUCUGCCAGAGUUCGACAGCGCAACUUUGUACGUGAAAAUCUGAAACUUACAACCACUGGAGUAUCCUCCCCAGUCAAGGGGGCACCUUUGGUCUGGAGGAAUAAACAGAGAAACUUAUGACCAGUUAUGGUUUUAGUAAGGGAGGACACUUUGGUCAAAUAAAUUCUGCAGAUAAAAAGAAAAUAUCUUUUCUUUCUUUCUUAGCAGAUGUGCUAUGCUUUCAUAGAACGAUAGAAUUGUCAGGGCUGGAAGGGAUCUCAAGGAUCAUCUAGUUCUAGCC